UUGAUCAUGUGAUCUACAAAAGGGAGAGUAUUCUAGUUGCAGAACAUCCCACAACAAACGAGGUUAACGAUGAUUAAACAGAAGAAGGUUAAUUAAAAUGAUUAAUAAGGAAAAUGAAUGGUGAUGAUGGACAUUCAGCUGAAAAACAAUCUAUCCUUACACGGCUUCUGGACGCUGUCAAACAGUGUCAAGUUCGGUUUGGUGGCAGAACAGAAUUAGCAGCUGAUGCAGACAGCAGAGUUUCCUGUCUGUGUGCUGCAUGGGAAGUAGCUCUUCAGCAUGGAAUGAAACAGAACAAAGCCCUGACAGCCUUAAAGCAAGUAACAAACCUCACUAGGCUCAAUAAAGUGACGGACAUAAUCACGGACAUCACCAGCAAGGAGACAGAACCAGUGUUCUGGCAGUAUGUUAAAGAGAGCCUAACAAAACAUGAGCAAGACCGAUUUUAUUCCCUGAAGAACAUCAGCACAGACACAGGACGGGGUCGAGCGUGGCUCAGAUCGACACUCAAUGAACACUCACUGGAGCGGAACAUGCACAUGAUCCUGGAGAGUGAGGAACUCCUUAGGCAGUAUUAUGAAUCUUGGGCAUUCAUGCGUGACCAGGAGAGAAGCAGUAUGAUGCCUAUGAUGGCUGCUGGUUUAGGAUCGAUUUUGUUUGCCAUUAAUAUCGACAACCCAGACCUGAAUGCUGUCAAGAGGGUAGCCUCGAGCAAUAUCAACAUUCCAGUGACCUCAAAACCUGUCCUGGACAAGAUUGCUAACGAGCCCCGCCCAGUGAUAGCUGGUGAGGAGGGCAGUGCACCACCCCAAGGAAAACAUACAGAGGUCAGAAAGAAAGAAAAGAAGAAAAGGAAGAAGAAUGCUCACAUUGUCAGUUUUGACGAGGAUGAUUCUGGAACAUUCAGUGCUGAUCCUGACCAAUCAGAACACAGUUCAAAGUACACAAUAGGGUCAUCUGACCUGACCCCUAGGUCAUUAGAAGGGGAGACAAUUGAUGAAAGCAGUGAAUUGGAUUCACAGAUUCCCUCACUGUCAAUACAUGACAAUAGUUCUAGUGACUUACGGACACAUUUAUCUGUGGAAAUGUCGUAUCAGCGAGAGGCCAGUAUUAACUCGGAGACUUCUUAUGACAGACCACCGAGUGUUCAGUCCCUCAGCUCUGCCGACUUCGAAAUUAGUGAUUCUAUUCAGGGAUUGGUUCCAUUAUCUAAGGAGGGUCAGCCAAUCACAUCCAGGGAUGUAAGGGGUGUGCCACGGAUCUCUGAUUCCCUGAGUACCUCAGUUGAUUCCACAGGAAGUUUGCCAAAAUUCAGUGGAUAUGAUAUAGAGUCUGCAGCAUUAGCUCUAGAUAUGGCACAAAAGGGAACUAACUCUAGCUUCAGUAGAACAGCAGGGGAUGGUGUCAAUGUUGAGGAGGUGAUACAAAGGGAAACCAUGUCGACUGAAGAGUUAAAAAAAGCUGUGGUAGCCAUGAUGGUUCGUAAGGAUGAGGUGGAGGAACAGAACAAGAGUAUCCAGGCGAUGCUACAACAGGAGAUGGAGACAUCCUCCAUGUUGAGGGCAGAAAUUGAGGAGAUGAAGCAGAUGGCUGCUGUUAAACAGGAGAAAGAGCAGGCUAAAUACCAGACUCUCCAAAAGGAAAAUGAGCUUUUGAAACACCAGCUCAGAAGAUAUGUCAAUGCUGUUCAGAUGUUGAGGGCAGAAGGGUCACAAGUUGAUGAUAGUUUAGGAAUUCACCUUGAGGAGCCCCAGCCCUCCAUCCCCCCCGCCAAGUCUACAGUGGACUACAGUCAUGAGGCAUCCGAGUAUGAAAAGAAACUUAUCCAGGUGGCAGAGAUGCAUGGGGAACUGAUGGAGUUUAAUGAGAUGCUUCACAGACAGCUUAAUGCUAAAGAGGGUUUCAUCAGAAGACUGCAGGGGGAACUGGUAGACCUCAGGGGCCCACUCCCACAGGAUUUACUCUCCGCUGGGGAGGAAACCAAUGCUGACCUGGAUCAGCAAGCCUCAGUUCGGAUCAGGUCACUUGUUAACAUCUGGAUUCCUGCUGCCUUCCUCCAGGGAGCAGCAUCAGAUGCCCAUCAUGUAUAUCAGAUAUAUGUUAGAAUUAAAGAUGAAGAAUGGAAUGUUUAUAAAAGAUUCAGCCAAUUUCAUCAAUUUCACAAUCAAAUAAAAAAGAUUUAUCCAAAGACUGGAAAAUUUGAAUUUCCUCCUAAAAAGACCAUAGGAAAAAAGGAUGCCAAGGUUGUAGAAAAUCGUCGAAAAGUGUUUCAAACAUAUUUACGUCUUGUCAUUAAUUUAGUUUUUGACAAUGAUAAGACCAAAGCUACCAGCGUAAACAAGGAGGUCUUCAUACAAAAGCUGCCAUUUUUUAGUGAUAGGGCUGCAGAAAAAAAUGAUGGCAAAAAAGUAAAGAAAAAUAGUUCCUCUUCUUCACUGUCCACCAGUCCUGGGAACCAGUCAAGCUUUCCUCAGCCUCAGUAUGAGGGGCUAUAAUCACGUCCUGGGAACCAGUCAAGCUUGCCUCAGUAUGAAGGGCUAUAAUCACAUGACCUUGCCUACGUAGGCUACCAAUCAACUUAAAUGUUGUAGGCCUUAAUACAUACAUGAAGAACUUGGACAUCAUAUCAUCAACACUGCUCUCAGAGCAUGUUAUUUAUAGUAACUUAUUUUACAAUUUUACACAUUGCUGUUUCAGCACAAGGUUGAUAUACAAGAACGAAAUAUUUUUUAUAAAAUUACCCAGAAAUGGGAAGUGUAAUGAAAGAACGAUUAUAAAGACACAAUCGUGCUUUAGAUUGUUUUUAAACUAAAUUCUUAUUUUGAUGUGAAAAAUUGACAUUUAAUUUUACGAUUCGUGGUUUGUUUUACUGAUUACAAAUCAUUCUACCAGGACAGCUUUAAGCUACAUAUAAGUAGCAUUCUAUCUUUUAUUUAUAAAUGGCAAUUGUUGAUGUUUGUCCUUUUUAAAUUGAGAUAUAAUUCCUUUCAGAUUCUUUGGAAGUCUUUCACAGUAUUUGUACAUUUUUCUCUUGCACCUCUCCACUACAGAUGAAUGAUAUAUUUAGUCUAUAAUUUCUCUUUUGUGUGCACUACACAUAUGUAGUUAUGUACAUUUAAAUACAAUGUAAUACUGAAGUCAUAAAAUGUUUGAAUCAACUGCAUAAAUAAUCACAUUUAGUGCAUUCUAAGAAACUCCUUGAAGACCACAGGAAGUGUUGUCCAAUCAAAGGGAGAGUGCAAUAUCCUCAUCCACCAUCUUCCUGGAAUUCAUAGUGUUGUGAUUUAAAUUUAUUUAAUGUUCGUUUACUUUGCUACACAAGAUGGAGAUGUCUGAACUUUGAAUUUACAAAGAGGUGAUUUUUGAUAUAUCUAUCCCAAAGGGAAUUUUAUAGAUAAUUUGAUUUACACAUUUUUAGCACUUGUUGGUUAUAAUGUCAAGUUAUAUGUAUAAAUGUUUCCAAAUUUGUCUAGUUUUGUCAUUGAAAAGGAAUUUAUUUUCCAAAAUACAUUUUUGUGAAUUCACAGAUAUUAUGUAAAUAAGUGGUGCACAUUUGUAUGCUUGUAUCAAAUUUGUUGAGGCCCACCAUGGCUUAAUUUGUUUUGUUUAAAACAGAUGAGCAUAAAUGUAUUAAUUAAA